UAUUUAGUUCCUCAUUUUCCUUUACUAUUCUUUUAUUACUAUUAUUAUUAUUAUUAUUACCUUUACUAUUAUUUUAUUAUUAUUAUUUAGUUCCUCAUUUUAUUAUUAUUAUUAUUAUUAUUAUUAUUAUUUCCUCAUUUGUCUUUCCUAUUAUUUGCUAUAAUUCUCGCUGACGUAUUCCCCCUCUUGAUUUAUUAUUAUUAUUAUUUAGUUCCUCAUUUUCCUUUACUAUUAUUAUUAUUAUUAUUAUUUCCUCAUUUUCCUUUACUAUUAUUUUAUCAUUAUUGUUAUUAUUUAGUUCCGCAUUUUCCUUUACUAUUAUUAUUAUUAUUAUUAUUAUUAUUAUUAUUAUUUCCUCAUUUGUCUUUCCUAUUACUUGCUAUAAUCCUCACUGACGUGCUCCCCCCCUUGAUUCCCCCCCAGUGCCGAGACCCCCCUUCUUCUUCUUCCGCCCGCCUGUCCGUCCAUGGAGGCCCCUCCCCCCCCGGCGGAGGCCCCGCCCCCGGCCCCGCCCCCCUCGUGCUACACCUACCAGGUGAGCCGCCACAGCGCCGACCUGCUCCAGGGCCUCAACCAGCAGCGCAAGGCCGGCGGCCGCUUCUGCGACGUGCUCCUGCGGGUGGGCGAGGAGAGCUUCCCCGCCCACCGGGCCGUCCUGGCCGCCUGCAGCGAGUACUUCGAGUCCGUCUUCGGCGGCGGCGGCGGCGGCGGCAUCCACGAAGGUGAGGGCGGGGCAACGUCGUCGGCGUCGUCGGCGUCGUCCUCGUCCUCGGUGCCGGCGUCGUCCCCCCCUCCGCCCGCCCCGUGCGCGCCCCCCCGGGAGCUGGAGAUGCACACCAUCAGCUCCAAGGUCUUCGGCGACAUCCUGGACUUCGCCUACACCUCGCGCAUCGUGGUGCGGCUGGAGAGCUUCCCCGAGCUGAUGACGGCGGCCAAGUUCCUGCUCAUGCGCUCGGUGAUUGACAUCUGCCAGGAGGUCAUCAAGCAGUCCAACGUCCAGAUCCUGGUCCCGCCCUCCGCCCGCCCCGACCUCAUGCUCUUCCGCCCGGCCGCCGAGCUGGGCUUCCCGCUGGACAUGAGCAACGGCAACGGCAUCGCCGGGAUGAGCAGCGACGACGGGGCCGCCCUGCUCACCGCCUUCCCGCCGCCGCCGCCCUCGUUGUCGUGCUCGCCGGGGAAGCGCGGGCGGGGCCGGCCGCGGAAGGCGAGCGUGCUGGACUCGGUGAUGUUCAGCGCCCCGGGGGGCCUGCGCGAGGCCGGGAUCCUGCCGUGCGGCCUGUGCGGGAAGGUCUUCACCGACGCCAACCGCCUGCGCCAGCACGAGGCCCAGCACGGCGUGACCAGCCUGCAGCUCGGCUACCUGGACCUGCCGGGCCCCCCCGCCCCCGCCCCCCCCCCGCCCCCCCCCGCCGAGGGGCCCGGCCUCGCCCAGCCCGGUAGUGAGCCCGGCCGGAAGCGCAGCCGGACGCGCAAGCAGGUGGCCUGCGAGGUCUGCGGGAAGAUCUUCCGGGACGUCUACCACCUGAACCGGCACAAGCUCUCGCACUCGGGGGAGAAGCCGUACUCGUGCCCGGUGUGCGGCCUGCGCUUCAAGAGGAAGGACCGCAUGUCCUACCACGUCCGCUCCCACGACGGCUCCGUCGGGAAGCCCUACAUCUGCCAGAGCUGCGGGAAGGGCUUCUCCCGGCCGGACCAUUUGAACGGGCACAUCAAGCAGGUCCACACCUCGGAGCGGCCUCACAAAUGUCAGCAGGGAAUGGGACUCCCGGGACCAGGCCUCCCUCCUCCUCCUCCUCCUCCUCCGCCUGCCUCUCCGCCGCCGUCCCAUGAGCCCUUGCGGCGCACAGAGACGUGCCAGGCCUCGUUUGCCACGCGUGACCGGCUGCGCUCGCACCUGGCGUGCCACGAGGACAAGGUCCCGUGCCAGGUGUGCGGGAAGUUCCUGCGGGCAGCCUACCUGGCCGACCACCUGAAGAAGCACAGCGAGGGGCCCAGCAACUUCUGCACCAUCUGCAACCGCGGUUUCUCCUCUGCCUCCUACUUAAAGGUCCAUGUUAAAACCCACCACGAUGUUCCCCUUCCCCAGGUCUCCCGGCAACCGGAGCCCCUCCCGAAUGGGGCGGGGCCAGCCGCCUGCCUCCACAGCGCCAGGACCUAUGGCAUCAAAGGCCUGAAAUGCUCCCCUUUGGACCCGAUUGAGGGCGCCGACCCCGACCCCUACGGCGACCUCCCGGACGAGCUGAAGGCGGGCCCCGACCCGGACGCGCUGGAGGCGGUGGCGGCGGAGCGGCGCUUCCCGUGCGUGGAGUGCGGGGGGGUCUUCCGCUCGAAGGCCUUCCUGGCCAAGCACGUCCACAAGGCCCACCCGCGCCCGGCGGGGGGGUCGUCGUUGGUGUCGUCGGGGGUCGCGACCCUGGCCGACCUGGGGGCGUCGCCCUUCUCCCCGCAGCAGAGCAUGUCCCUCCUCGAGUCCUUCGGCUUCCAGAUCGUCCAGUCCGCCUUCGCCUCCUCCCUCGUCGACCCCGACGCCGACCCCUUGCACCAGGCCCCGCCCCUCGGGGGGCACGACAGGAAGUGACCCCUCCCCCCCAAAAAAUACGUUUGUUUUUCUAAUAUUUCUAAAUAAAUAAACAACUUGAUUGAUUAACAUGUUGAGAGUUCGAAUCCUGAGUCCCCGCCCCCCUCCUGUUUGACCCCGCCCCUCCCUGUCAAUCAACAUUUUGAUUGACAGACGAGGGGAAAAAUAUGGAAAUAAUAUUAGAAUUUCAAUAAUAAUCCUUUAGGCCCCGCCCACUUCGUCACUCCACCACUUGACUCCUCCCUUUGAAAGGGGCGGGGUCACAUUUGAUUGACAGGCAAAAUUCUAGAAAUAAUAGUAAAAUGUUGAUUUUAUACAUACCCGAAUUUCAGUCGCAAGUUAACGAUGGAACGUUAUCUUUCUUGUUGAUUAGUUGAUAUGAAUUUUAUAAUUAGUUAGCUAAUUAUGAACUGAAUAAUCAGUUCAACCGAUUAAUAGAAAUUAAUAUGAUUAAUUCAACUGAUAUUGAUUAGCUAAUUAAUUAGCGAUGGAUUGCAAGCUAAGUAGCUAAUUGAUGUUGGUUAUUGUAAUUAAUUAAUAUUAAUUAGGUAUUUAAGUGGCGGUUAAUCACUCGUUAAUUAGCCAAUCAAUACCAAUUAUUAAUAUUUUGUUCCUGAAUUCGCUAAUUAAUUAGCCAAUUAAUAAUUUUGUUGAUAGCUAAUUAAGGUUAAUUAAUUAUUGCUAUUCUAUUUUACAGUUUUUUUCUUAGCUACUGAAAAGGAAUUAAUUUUUUUAGAUGUAUAAUAAUACUAAAUGGUUGAUUUUUUUUGUCUUCCUUUUUAAUUAAUGGGAUUUAAUUAAUUAUUAGGAGGAAACGAUUAAUGUCUUUUAUAUUAUAUUAUUAUAUAUUAUAUAUGUAUGUAUAUAUUAUAUCUUAUCCCAAAACGCACUCGGGUUGGAAAAUAUAUUCCUGGUUAUUUGUUUUAAUAAGGAUUUUGUUUGUUUGGUUUUUCCUCUCUCUUUUUUUUUUGUUUAUUUCUUGACAAAACAUAUGUAAAUAUAUAUUAAAAAAAAAUUGUGUUUUUUUCCCGGAGUUUUCAAUUAAAGGCUUUAUAUAAAG